ACCAGAAUAUCUGCCUGCAAGAUUGAUUUACUAAAUCUCACCAAUCUGGAUGAGGGUCCCCCAACAGUCAUGUUACAGUAACCUCCGGGUAUGGAGGAGGCACUUUCACUGCAACCAACCAAGCCAACAGUGCCUCAGCUCUUUCUCCACGACGGCAUCGCAACACCAGUACCGCCCAUUGGAAUCCCUCGAGGAUUUUAAGCUCGACCACUUUCGUCAGGCAUACUUCAUCCCGGAACACCCUAUAAUCCUCCCCCUCCGAUAUUUUCAGACCCUUCCCGCCUCCGAGAAAUGGUUCCGCGACUCGCCGUCCCGAUUGAACACCACGUAUCUCAGUCAAUAUGGCGCGGAUGCUCUGGUUCCCUUGGAGCUGACACAGGCUUCUGCUAGAACUAGUACUGGAGCGGGUGAGCAUAGCUUUCGGCAGUUCUACACGCCUCUAAGCCUCUUCCUCGAAUGGAUAUCUACUGCGGAAUCUCUCGAAUCGCACACGAUGCGUCUGUACCUGGCGCAGUGCCAGCUCCUUGACUUGCCGCAGGUCCUUCGCGACGAUCUCCCCACCCCAGACCUGGUUGCGCAGGUAGGAAAGGGCGAUGUCUACGAUACAAACAUUUGGAUCGGAUAUCCGCCCACGUAUACCCCUCUUCACCGCGAUCCGAACCCAAAUCUGUUUGUCCAGCUGGCCGGACAGAAGGUGGUGCGAUUGUUACCACCCUCGGAAGGGCAAAGGGUAUUCGGCGCGGUGCGACGCCAAUUGGGGAAGAGCGCCGGCCGUGAAUCUGCUGCAAUUCGGGGAGAUGACAUGAUGCACGGCGAGGAGAGGGUGCUGCUUGAGCAGGCUGUCUGGGAUGAUGCAGCUACCGAAUCUAGUGGUCCCAUCGGAUUUGAAGCGUACCUAGAGGCUGGAGACGGUAUGUUCAUACCUCGAGGAUGGUGGCAUAGCAUUAAGGGACUGGGGGAUGGUGUGACUGCUUCGGUCAACUGGUGGUUCAGAUAAUAAGUGCUGCCAAAUGCAGCUAUAGUCCGUAGAUUGUAAAAAAAGUAGAAUCGAAUCAUACGUUUCCCUAUUUAUAGUAUACAACUCUAUUAUCACGGGAC